UUUACAAUUCAUUUUGCAGUAAAAAUAAGACUAAUAAUUCUCAGUAUUUUUCUUGUAGAGAUAUGUUCCGUUUGGUUAAUUUUUAAUCGGUCAUAUAUUUUGAGUGAUACGGUUACAUUAACUCACGAUAAUGAAAGAAAAAGGAAAAUCAAUAUGCGCAAUCUGUCUAGCUCCUGCAGAACAAAAAUGUUCCGGCUGCCAAGCUGUUCAUUACUGCUCGAGAGAGCACCAGAAAGAGCACUGGAAACAGCAUAAGUUCCAGUGUACACCGGCCAGAGUAAAAGAUGACGUGAAAUUAGGACGUUAUAUGGAAGCUACAAGGGAAAUUAAAGCUGGAGAUAUUGUUUUGAAAGAGAAGCCGCUUAUUACUGGACCAUCUCAGAUAACACCGCCAGUGUGUUUGGGCUGCUACAAACUGUUGGAAGAAGGUAAAACAGUGGUAUGCGAAAAAUGUGGCUGGCCAUGUUGCUCUGAAGCUUGUACGAAGUCUGACGAGCAUAAACCCGAGUGUCAUUAUACGCAAAAAAGAGGCGAAAAGAUCUCAAUUGCUACCUUUGGGGAACCUCAUCCCAAUUACCAAUGUAUCACGGUUCUGCGAUGCUUAUACCAACGUGACCACGACCAGAAUCUAUGGGCAAAACUCCAAGGUCUGCAGUCCCACUGCGAAGAUCGUAAAGGAACUGACAAAUGGAAUAAUGACAAGAAAAUGAUAGCCGAGUUCAUCUGGAAAUUCUUCAAACUGGACGGAACUUUUAGCGAAGAAGAGAUCAUGAGGUGUUGCGGUAUUGUACAAAUCAACGGCCACGAAGUUCCAUUGCUGGAACCUGAGUACGUUGCAGUUUUCGACCGUAUCUCCAUGGUGGAACACAAUUGCCGAGCCAAUUGUAAUAAGAGCUUCACAUCAGAAGGAGAAAUAAUACUCUGUGCUGGUGUGAACAUAUCGGUGGGCAGUCACAUAUCAAUGUGCUAUACCGACCCAUUGUGGGGUACGGAAGCUCGACGUCAUCAUCUCGCCGACUGGUUCUUCGAAUGCUGCUGCGAAAGGUGCUCUGAUGUUACAGAGUUCGGAACUAUGUACAGCGCUGUCAAGUGUAGGAAGAAAGACUGUAAAGGUUAUCUUCUACCCGAAACAUUCAUAGUCCCCAUUCUGCACAAGACCAAGAAUCCGAACCCGGAAACAAGAAAUCUGGAUAACAAAACGUGGAUCUGCAACUCAUGUAAGGACAUUGUGACGGAUGCCAUAAUUCAGCAGUUGCUUCAGGAUAUUGGAAAGGAAUUGAGUGUAAUGCCGAAAGAAGAUCCUGAUGCUUGUGAAAAGUUCAUCAGCCACUGCAGUGCCUAUCUUCACCCGUACCACUACUAUAUGACAGAUGUGAGUUUGGCCUUGGCUCAAAUGAUAGGACAGGAUCACAACGAGGGACUGGCUGGUGUUAUGGACGACAGACUUUUGCUGAAGACGCAGCUUUGCAAAAAGAUUGCAGAUUUGUUGGAGUGUUUAGCUCCUGCUGAAACGCGCGUUCGAGGUUCUCUGCUAUUCGAACUCCACGCUGCCAUAGCUGAAACUGGCAGACGGAAAUCACUGACAGAAGGCCCUAUGGUUUUGUUGGGACACGUCACCGAAUCCCGAAAAAUCUUGUUAGAGUCAGCGUUUCUGCUCCGAAACGAGCCCCCAGAGCUCCCUGAAGGGAAGUUGGCGAAGCAAGCCAAGAUCAACCUGGUGCACAUGGAUGAGCUCAUCAGGAACCUGUCCAAUACUUUGCCUGCGCCUAUUUAGACCGAGAUUUAUUUGUAGAGAUUACUGUUACUA